UCCUGAUCCACCCUCACAUCUUCACAAUGGCCUUCUUCUGGAUUGUUUCCUGCUUUGCUUUCAUCAGCGCCGCUUACGGCUGCGGCUCCCCAGCCAUCCAGCCCCAGGUGACUGGCUACGCCCGCAUCGUCAACGGUGAGGAGGCCGUCCCCCACUCCUGGCCCUGGCAGGUGUCUCUGCAGGGCAACGGAUUCCAUUUCUGCGGAGGUUCCCUGAUCAAUGAGAACUGGGUUGUUACCGCUGCUCACUGCCAUGUCGGGACCUACCACCGUGUGAUUGUUGGAGAGCAUGACAAGAGCAGUGCCAUUACCAGCGAGAAGGUCCAGAUCCUGAAGCCCUCUAAGGUCUUCACCCAUCCUGAAUGGAACUACAGAACCAUCAACAACGACAUCUCCCUCAUCAAGCUGGCUUCCCCCGCUGUCUUGGGAACCACCGUCUCCCCUGUGUGUCUGGGUGAGAGCAGCGAUGUCUUCGCCCCUGGCAUGAAGUGUGUGACAAGCGGCUGGGGUCGGACCCGCUACAACGCCCCCGGCACCCCCAAAAAGCUUCAGCAGGCCGCUCUUCCCCUGAUGUCCAACGAGCAGUGCAAGCGUAGCUGGGGCAGCAACAAGAUCUCUGAUGUCAUGAUCUGUGCCGGUGCUGCUGGCGCUUCCUCCUGCAUGGGUGACUCCGGUGGCCCUCUGGUCUGCCAGAAGGACAACGUGUGGACCCUGGUCGGUAUCGUCUCCUGGGGAAGCAGCUUCUGCUCUACCUCCAUCCCCGCUGUCUACGCCCGUGUCACUGAGCUCCGAGGCUGGGUGGACCAGAUCCUGGCUGCCAACUAAGGAUUCACACUCCAACCUUCAGUCCUUUCCAGAGUCCAGACACCUCACUUUUCCUGGUUGGAUGGCAAAUUUUAAUAAAAUGUACUACUUGAACACAAAACAAUCAUCUCUCGUGGA